CGUGUUCAAAUUUGAAUGCAGAAUACAGAUUUAAAGCAGUACCGAUUGGAGGCAGUAAAAACCUUGUUUUCCCACAGUGCACAGAAGCAAAUCCCCUGCCCUGCACAUAUAAAUCUGGUUGCACCGCCCUCCCAUUCAGCAGUUGUUGCAUCGACCCCGUUGGGUACAACACGCGACGCAAACAGACCGUUUUUAAAAAACCCUUCUCGUCCUCCUCUUCCUCCUCAAACCUCAAACGAAAACAUGCGUGAGUGUAUCUCCAUCCACGUUGGUCAGGCUGGUGUCCAGAUUGGCAAUGCCUGCUGGGAGCUUUACUGCCUUGAACAUGGGAUCCAGCCGGACGGACAGAUGCCCAGUGACAAGACUCUCGGAGGAGGAGAUGAUUCCUUCAACACCUUCUUCAGUGAGACUGGAGCUGGAAAGCACGUCCCCAGAGCUGUCUUUGUAGACCUGGAGCCCACUGUCAUCGAUGAGGUGCGCACUGGUACCUACCGCCAGCUGUUCCACCCUGAGCAGCUGAUCACUGGCAAGGAGGAUGCUGCCAACAACUACGCCCGUGGACACUACACCAUCGGCAAAGAGAUCAUUGAUCUGGUGCUGGACAGGAUCCGUAAACUGGCUGACCAGUGCACUGGCCUUCAGGGCUUCCUGGUCUUCCACAGCUUCGGAGGUGGCACCGGCUCUGGCUUCACCUCCCUGCUGAUGGAGCGUCUGUCUGUCGACUACGGCAAAAAGUCCAAGCUGGAGUUCUCCAUCUACCCAGCUCCCCAGGUGUCCACCGCUGUGGUGGAGCCCUACAACUCCAUCCUGACCACCCACACCACCCUGGAGCACUCUGACUGUGCCUUCAUGGUAGAUAACGAGGCCAUCUACGAUAUCUGCCGUAGGAACCUCGAUAUCGAGCGUCCUACUUACACCAACCUGAACAGGUUGAUCAGUCAGAUUGUGUCCUCCAUCACUGCUUCCCUUCGUUUCGAUGGUGCCCUCAAUGUUGAUCUGACCGAGUUCCAGACCAACUUGGUGCCAUAUCCCCGUAUCCACUUCCCUCUGGCCACCUAUGCCCCUGUUAUCUCUGCUGAGAAGGCUUACCAUGAGCAGCUCUCAGUGGCUGAGAUCACCAACGCCUGCUUCGAGCCAGCCAAUCAGAUGGUAAAAUGUGACCCUCGCCACGGCAAGUACAUGGCUUGCUGCCUGCUGUUCCGUGGUGAUGUGGUGCCCAAAGAUGUGAAUGCUGCCAUUGCCACCAUCAAGACCAAGCGCACCAUCCAGUUUGUGGACUGGUGCCCCACUGGUUUCAAGGUUGGCAUCAACUACCAGCCGCCCACUGUAGUUCCUGGUGGAGACCUGGCCAAGGUCCAGAGGGCUGUGUGCAUGCUGAGCAACACCACUGCUAUUGCAGAGGCCUGGGCUCGACUUGACCACAAGUUUGAUCUGAUGUACGCUAAGCGUGCCUUUGUUCACUGGUAUGUGGGUGAGGGUAUGGAGGAGGGAGAGUUCUCUGAGGCCAGAGAGGACAUGGCAGCUCUGGAGAAGGAUUAUGAGGAGGUUGGAGUCGACUCCAUUGAGGGUGAGGGAGAGGAGGAGGGAGAGGAGUAUUAAAAAGGACAUAAAGGCACCAGUUAAAUAGGAAACAAUUGAUUGCAAUGUGUUCUUGAAUGCAUUACAAACGGAAAUGUUUGUCGUAUCAAUUACCAGUUUGGCUGUUCACAAUAAAACUCCUGUGACAUGAA